GGUUCCGAGCGGAUGCUUGAAGUGCUGAACACUUGAGAGGCGAGUCGAGCUCCUCACCAUCCUCUCCACACAACACAGCGAGCAGCCAUCCUGAACACAGGACUGCAGCAGCCAAAAGCCCUCACUCCAGAAGCGCAUGACAAGCCCAUGAUGGAUAAAGGGAUUUUGCAGACUUGAACCCUUCGUUCUAAUAACUGCAACUAAAGAUCUCGUCAUACAUGCUCGUUGAGAUCCGUUCCGGCGCGCAAAGUUCAGACGCAUCUGAAGGAACUUUGGAGAGUGGGAGUUUGGAGGACUCAUUCGAGACUUUCUGAACUGCUGCAGGAAUCGGUUUCAUUUGAUUUGCGUUCUUCCUUGAAUCUGUAGGUGAUGCUUUUCCUGGGAUCGUUUUUGCGCAAAGGGAAAUUACCGGUCUUUGGCUCUGCUGGGGUUUUACUUCUGACAAUGAAAAGCAAAUGAGAGCGUUAUCCCUUCACUUAUAUUGACAGCUCGACGACAGUUUCUGGCCCUUUGGGUUGGCUGAUGUAACCGUGUGACAGAAUCGUGCAAAUAGAGGAAAGAAAGAAGAGGAUGGAGGGAUGAAUUUGUCAAAGAACGAGUGGGAGUUCGUGAGGACAGAAAGACACCAAGUGGGAUGAUCAGGAUGCGGGAGCGGGAGCUGCAGCGUGUGGGCAGGAGAUUGCUGCUGUUGGGCAUCUGUCUGCUGUCUCUCUGGGGUCAGCUGAGUCUGGCCUCAACACAUCGCAGCCAUAUUGUGCACGUCAAAGCGGGAACCUGUGAGGUCAUUGCAGCCCACCGCUGCUGUAACAAGAACAAAAUUGAGGAGCGCUCCCAAACUGUCAAGUGUUCUUGCUUCCCUGGGCAAGUUGCUGGGACAACAAGAGCGGCUCCUUCCUGUGUGGACGCUUCUAUAGUAGCACAGAAGUGGUGGUGUCAGAUGCAGCCAUGUAUGGAGGGCGAGGAGUGUAAGGUGUUGCCGGAUCUUAAAGGUUGGAGCUGCAGCACGGGAAACAAAGUCAAGACGACCAAGGUCACACGAUAGUCUGGGACAAAUAUACAUUUGGGACUAGCAGCUUUUUUUUUGGAUCAAAGCAAUGGAAAUGAAGAUACAUAGACUUCAAACUACUUCACAACUAUUGGGAUCAAGUUGUUGGACCUCAGUUGAAUACUAAUGUCACUUGGAAUGGACCAUUUAAACACAUGGAUUUUCUCUCUCUUUUUUCACCCUCUCUUCUAUUUUCGCUCUGCCAAACUCCCGUCUUUGCUUUCUAACAAUGUCGGACAAGAUCAUACACCAUGUAAAGUAAAUAUUCCAUAAAAAUCAACAUGUUCAGACCAGUUCAGAGACAAUUCUUUGAUUUCAGAAGAAAGGAUUACAUUUCCUUUUUGAAGCGAAAGUGGACUUUGAAAGGUUGGCUUAUUACUUGAAUCAUAUGUUCCAGAGGCACUAAUAUUCAGUCCCCUAUCCUUUGGUGCCAAUAUUUUCUUUCUUCUACUAUGGGCAGACUUUUUGAUCAAUGUGAAGUGUAUGAUUUUUGGCUAUGGUUUUGGGGGCACUCAGCUCCAUUUUAAAACAGACUUGUGCAAGAGCAAGAGGCAAGUACGAUGCUAAGAAUUACCGGUAUUAAUAAUGGAUGAAAAAAUUUAAGUGGUCUACGGGAGCAGUGAAAAAGAAGAUGGCAAAAAGAUUUAUUGUUUGUUUUUAAAAGCCUCGGUGGCCAAUAUUGAGUCAAAGUGUCAGUAUUAUCUCAAAUAAAAGUAUCUCUAUGGGAAA